UGGGACGGCGACCACGCUCAUAAGCUGCGUUUGAGACUCAAUUCUCAUCCAUCUUCCAGUCUCCGUCUAUUUUUUCUGCGUUUUCACCUCUUUCUACUUCCAUCUCUAGCCCAUUUAAUUCUAAACCCUAAAGUUUUUCCUCUUUCCAAUAAUCACUUUUAUUUCAAUAUCAAUCAAUCAACACAUUCUGAUUUUCAGCCAACAAAAUUUUGCCGGUGUUUACCGCCAUGAAACAAACAGAAACCGACCCUAUCACUCUCUCGACGCACCUCGUCUGUUCCUUGCUUGACCAAAUUCCACUCAUUAACAACUUUAGAGGUAAAUGGGCUAUCAUCAAAACAAAACUCCUCGAUCUCCAAACUCAACUUCAGGAUUUCAAAGACUUCUCAACAGCCACCUCAAAUCCACUCUGUGUCGAUCACCUAUACUCCGUUUCUCACACUCUCAACGACUGCGUUUCCGUCGCCGGGAAAUGUCAAAGCGUUAAUUUAACCGAAGGCAAGCUCAAGACUCAGAGUGAUAUUGACUCUGUUUUGGCCAAAUUAGAUCGUCACGUCAAAGACGGCGAAGUUUUGAUUAAAAGCGGCGUUCUGCAAGAUGGUGCCAUUUUGUCCGGUUCUGCUUCGAAGAGGGAGGUUGUGAGAGCUGAGUUGAGGAACUUGAUAACUCGGUUGCAAAUUGGUACCACCGAGUCGAAGAACUUGGCAAUGGACUCACUUUUGGCAAUUUUUCAAGAAGAUGAUAAGAAUGUGAUGAUAGCAGUGGAUCAAGGCGUGGUACCUGUUCUUGUUAAGUUAUUGGACUCAAGCUCCUUAGAAAUGAAAGAGAAAACCGUUUCUGCGGUUUCUAGGAUUUCGAUGGUUGAUAGUAGCAAACACGUGUUGAGUGCUGAAGGUUUGUUGCUGUUAAAUCAGUUACUUCGUGUCCUUGAAUCGGGAAGUGGGUUUGCAAAAGAAAGGGCUUGUGUAGCUUUACAAGCUUUGAGUUCUUCCAAAGAAAAUGCCAGAGCAAUUGGAUGUAGAGGUGGAAUUUCUUGUUUAUUAGAGAUUUGUCAAGCUGGCACGCCGGGUUCACAGGCUUUCGCAGCUGGGGUUUUGAGGAAUCUUGCUGGGGUUAGUGAAAUAAUGGAUAAUUUUAUUGAGGAGAAUGCUUUUGGGGUGCUUCUUUGCCUUGCAGCUUCUGGGACUGCAAUUGCUCAAGAAAAUGCAUUUGGGUGUUUGUGUAAUUUGAUCUCCGAUGAUGAAAAUUUGAAGCUUUUGAUUGUUAAAGAAGGAGGGCUCGAGUCUUUGAAGAAUUACUGGGAUUCAGUUGCUAAUGUGAGGAGUCUUCAAGUGGCUGUCGAGUUGGUAAGACAUCUGUCUUCUUGUCAUCCCAUUGCUGAAGUUUUGGUUUCUGAUGGGUUUGUUGUUAGGCUUGUGAAUGCAUUGAAUUGUGGGGUUUUAGGUGUGAGAAUUGCGGCUGCUCAAGCUGUUUAUGAGAUGGGGAUUAGUUCUAAGAUAAGGAAAGAACUGGGUGAAUGUGGGUGCACUGUACCUCUGAUUAAGAUGGUAGAUGGUAAAGCCGUGGAAGAGAAAGAAGCUUCAGCAAAAGCUUUGUCAACGCUUGUGUUGUAUGCAGGUAAUAGAAGAGCUCUUCGCAAGGAUGAGAGAGGGAUUGUGAGUGUAGUUCAGUUGUUGGAUCCUUUGAUUCAGAAUUUAGAUAAGAAAUACCCUGUUGCUAUACUGGCUGCUCUUCUUCAUUCUAGCAAGUGUCGAAAACAAAUGGUUGCUGCAGGUGCUUGCGUACACUUGCAGAAACUUGUUGAACUGGAUAUUGAAGGGGCUAAGAAGCUUUUGGAAAGUCUUGGACGUGCUAAAAUUUGGGGUGUUUUUGCUCGGCCGUGAAAAUUGAAUAGAUCUUCAACUUGUAGUGCUAGCAUUAUGGAAAAAAAAAAAAAACAAGGAUAAUUCAUGGAUCCAUGAUUAUGAUAGUUGUGUUUACUUUGGUUUCUUGUUUUUUCAUUACUUGUUCAUUUUUGUCCAUAUUGCUUUUUAAUUUGUGUGGUAGUAAAUGCUGCUAGUCAAAUUGCCAAUGAAUACCUUUUAUGUGGAGACAUAAUCUUGGUUUAGUGAUCUAAUUGAAUUGAGAUUCUUGUUUUAA